AGCAGCGGAGGAGAGGAGAGAGAGGCAAGGAGGACUAGGCGUUACGGUCGCUCCUUCACAAGCUGCAUGCGAGAUGCCAGGACUGCUGCAGAGAGAUUGCCGUUUCUUUCCUUUUUCUUUCUUUCAGCAGCUUUCCGUCACAUUGAACUCUUCCUCCUCUCGUCCGGCUCAGAGGUGCAUGAAUGAACGGCCAUACGUGGAGUCCAGGUGGCUGUGGUUCUGAGACCUCCGUUUGAAAAUCUUCUCAGCCUCUUGUGAGAUUGAGUAGCUACUUGAAGAAAGGAAAGAAAAAUAAAGGGAAGAGUCUUGCAUAAAAAGGAGCAAGAACGCCUUCAAACGAAAGAAUGGACCCAGUAGAGGAGAAAUAGUCUUCUUGCUAACUUCAGAAAGCCUCAUCACAGACUAAUAAAAAUUUGAAACGGCACAGCGCAGCAACAAAUCAGUAUUCUCCGGCAGAGCCUGCAAGAAAUGGCCAGGAGAGUUAACCCUUGAAAUGGCUCAACUGAUUCUUUGAACAGCCACAAUCUGCAAACAAAAGCUUGAGCUGAUGAAUUUUAAUGGGUCUGAAUCGUGAUAUAUGGAGAUCCUGAGCUUUAAAUGGCUUUGACACUCUGACAGCCUCAAAUUUUUUUGUAGCAGAUAAUGAAAACAUUCGCCCACUUCCAUUUACCUCACAGGAUUCCUUCCUAGCAUAUUAAACCGAGGAACUAGUUUGAGAUUCUCAGCUCGGAUGAUUAGUUCGGAAAGGCUCUUUCUGGUCCAAACAGGUUCAGAAAAGCUGACUAGUGUUUUUUGGUGUAUUUGAUUCAUUAACCACCGAAAUAAGCAUGGCUGCCGGAGUGGCAACAUGGCUACCGUUUGCCAGGGCAGCAGCCGUUGGCUGGCUUCCUCUGGCCAAGAAAACCAUGCCCAAACCACCCGUAGACAAAAAGAGUCGCAACGACGAGAUCCUCUUCGUAAAUGUGAGCGGGCUCCGCUUCCAGACAUGGAAAAACACACUAGAUCGCUAUCCCGACACUCUGCUGGGCAGUUCGGAAAAGGAGUUUUUCUACAACGAGGACACUCAGGAGUACUUCUUCGACCGGGACCCGGAGAUGUUUCGCCAUAUUUUGAACUUCUACCGCACCGGCAAACUUCACUACCCGAGGCAGGAGUGCAUUCAGGCCUUCGACGAGGAGCUGGCGUUUUACGGCAUCGUGCCGGAUAUUAUCGGCGACUGUUGUAUGGAAGAAUACAGGGAUCGCAAGAAAGAAAACCAGGAACGUUUGGCUGAGGACACGGAGGCGGAGAUGGCAACAGAUACUCCCUUGCCGCCGCAUAGCACGCCUCGGGAACGUUUGUGGCGCGCCUUCGAAAACCCCCACACAAGCACCAUGGCUCUGGUUUUCUACUACGUCACGGGUUUCUUCAUCGCCGUCUCCGUCAUAGCGAACGUUGUGGAAACCGUCCCAUGCCGACCCCCCAAAGGCAGCAAGAAAGACUUGCCGUGCGGCGAGAAGUACUCGCUGGCAUUCUUCUGCAUGGACACGGCCUGCGUGCUCAUCUUCACCUUCGAGUACCUCAUGAGGCUUUUCGCCGCGCCCAGCCGCUGCAAGUUCAUGCGCUCGGUUAUGAGCGUCAUCGACGUCGUCGCCAUCAUGCCCUACUACAUCGGCCUGGUCAUGCCCGAGAACGAGGACGUGAGCGGCGCGUUCGUCACGCUGAGGGUGUUCCGUGUCUUCCGGAUCUUCAAGUUCUCGCGUCACUCUCAGGGCCUGCGGAUCCUGGGUUAUACUCUGAAGAGCUGUGCUUCUGAAUUGGGCUUCCUCCUGUUUUCCCUCACCAUGGCCAUCAUCAUAUUUGCCACAGUCAUGUUCUACGCCGAGAAAGGCACCAAGGGAACCAACUUCACCAGCAUCCCAGCCUCCUUCUGGUACACCAUAGUCACCAUGACAACACUUGGGUAUGGAGACAUGGUUCCUAACACCAUCGCUGGAAAGAUCUUCGGCUCUAUCUGCUCUCUCAGUGGCGUGCUGGUUAUCGCCCUUCCUGUACCCGUCAUCGUGUCCAACUUCAGCCGAAUCUACCAUCAGAACCAGAGAGCUGACAAGAUGAGAGCCCAACAGAAAGUCCGACUUGCCAGGAUUCGCUUGGCCAAGAAGGGAACCACCAACGCCUUCCUACAAUACAAAGAAGAAGGAGGAUUUCAGGAUCGGGGCAGUGACAGCGCUCUGUGUCUGAAGAACAGAUCUUCCUUUGAGCACCAACACCAUCACCUGCUGCACUGUCUGGAAAAGACAACAAAUCAUGAGUUCACAGACGAGCUGACGUUCAGUGAGAUGUGUAUGACUGAGUCGGUGGGCUAUCGUACGAGCCGCAGCACUUCCAUCUCCAGCCAGCAGGGGGUGUCGACGUCCUGCUGCCCUCGCAGGGCUAAGAGAAGAGCCAUCCGCCUCGCCAACUCCACCGUAUCUGUCAGCCGGGGCAGCGUACAGGAGCUGGACACUCUGCAAGUGCACAAAACCUCUGCUGGACCCCAAAGCCGCUCCAGUCUGAACGCCCGGACAGAAGACCUGAAGCUAAACUGUGACGACAGGGAUUUCACAGCGGCUAUAAUCAGUAUACCCACCCCGCCCGCCAACACCCCCGACGAGAGUCUGCCGCCCUCUCCUGCCAUUCCCGGAAUCUUACGCAACUCUCGCUGUAGUUCCUUCACCCACGAGACAGUGAAGAUCUCCUCCUUAUAACCGCCACAAGCACACAAGCAUCCCCCUCUUGCACAACGGAAAGGAAGUGACGGGGGGCUUCUCCCAGAAAAGACCGCAAACGCCAGAGAAAAGACAAAGUGCAUCUCGCAAUGAAUCUGCUUCAUUCCAAAAUCGACAAUUCGACGUGGACUCGCAUGAGCUGACGAGUUUUUCGUGACCCCGGACAAUUUGGGGGGGGAAGACUGAACAAACUCAAUCGCAUUUUACGAUAAAUCAGCAGUUAAUAGUGGCACAGACGGCCUUUUACUUUUAAAGAUAUGCAAUGUUUCAACAAGCAGGAAUUAUGCCUAUACGUCUACUGCGUAAUACAGUUGCAGGUGAGAUUACAAAAGCUGGAAAUUAUCGUAAAGUACAUCGAUAUAUUGAACCCGUAGAUCUUUGCAGGGAAAAAUACAAUGGCUGAGAUAAAGGAGGUGGUGUAUAUGUAUCAAUAUUUGUAUCAUACCUCUUUAGAUCACAUGCAUCUUCAAAACCCCACCCCAAAAAAAAAAAAAAAAACGAGACGAGAUUUCAGACCCAAACAUGCAUGUUGUUGUAUAGUAGAUACCAUGGCAGAGAAUGGAGCCGCCAACAUGCUACUCUCACAUACUUUUGCAUGGUACUUCUUUUACCUCUGUUUCGUUUGUCCCGUUUUCUUUCUUGACAUUGAUGAAAAAAGACGAUAUUUACAGAGUAUUAAAGAUCAAACGUGCUGCACCAGAAGUGCACAUUAGAAAAAAGAACGAUAAACGUAAAAAAAACGAAACAAAAAAAAAACAUUCAGGCAUGUUCUUUGCAAAAAUCUGAGGUCGGACAAUGAGUGUGUGUGAGCGUGAGCGUGUGUGUGUGUGUGUGUGUGUGUGUUUGAGAGAUGGGUGACUGGGAAGGACUUGUGUUAUUUGAUCACAGAUAUGCAUGGAUACCGUUGUAGGUAUUUUUAUGUGUUUUCUCCCAUGGGAAAAUGAAAGGUUUCUAUAGCAUUUUAAAGCGAAUGGAGGGCGUUUACCACUGCCAUCGAGUUUUACUGCAGUAAUUAGAGUCACUUCAACUUAUUUUUCAUUUGGCUCGGUAAUUAAGUGUAACCUUUAAAACCUAGCUAGCUAUUUUUAUACAAUAGCUUAUGCAUCAAACACGGCUGUGUAUCGCUCCGGUGAACCAUUUCUCUAAUUUGUUUUGAAGCUCAUCUGUUAAUGUUUAUUUAAAAAUCAUAAGCAGCAAUGAGACAGGCAAUAAUAGUGUAAUUAUUUUUUACUACUGAACAGAACAGAAAGAUACAAUUAUAUAUGGAAAUUAGUACUAAAAAGGAGGAAUGCAAAUUUGCACUUGACUGUGAUGAAAAAUAUAUUUGUUACUCCGUUUACAAGCAUUGUUCCUAAGUUAUUUUUACGUUCGUUUUGGUUCUGUCUGUUACUCUCUCUCUCUAGCUUCAUAAAGCGGUGUGAAGUGGUAAAUUUAGUAAUUGGUCAGGCACCUGCUCAUUUUCGGCAGGGGGUGUUGGAUGAAACGGCUCCCGGUAGGAGAUUAAAGAGUUAGAUAUCAAAAGCACAGAGGUGUAAAGUUUAUUCCACAAAUAAAGU